UGCUGAAGAUGGGAAACGAAACCGAAAGUGAACCCUCGUCGGUACCGUACGGGAUUCUGGAAAACGGCGCCACAUUCGCUGAUUUGGAAAGUGGCGAUCGCGCAGCAUCGAGUCAACGAGGAACCGAAAAUAAUUCUUAUCACCACGGCGAGGACUGUAGCGUUAUCACUGCCGCUGCUGCUGCUGCCAUGGAACAAGUGGAAACUGACGAAACGAGAUUUGCGACGAAACGGUCCCAGACUGAGGAGGAGGAAGAAACUCGGGAGGACGAACAGCAACGUCAACAGCAGCAGAAACGGCAUCAGCCCCAGUCGGUGAGGAUGUUGAGCAAAAGGUUGGUGCUGGUGAACUUGCUGGCCAACUUCCUGAUGUUUGCCAUUGCCGGAUUCAUCACUUAUCACUGUUUCAACAAGGCGACCGUGCUCUUCUCGUGGCAUCCGACGUUUAUGGCUGUGGGGUACCUGGUCCUGAUGUCCCAAGCGGUUCUCACGCUGUCCGGCGCCAAUCUGCUCACCUACCAGCGGCACCACAAAACCCGCGUCCUCGUCCACUGGCUGCUGCAGGCGGUGGCCGGUGUGCUCAUCACGGUGGCCUUCGUCUGUAUCGUGCUGAACAAAAUCCGCAUGGGAAAGGCCCACUUCCAGACCACGCACGGCCUGUUCGGGCUGAUCACCGUCAUCCUCACGCUGGUUUCGAUUGGCGGCGGAGUUUUCACCAAGUACGGCUACCAGUUGCGCUCGGUGGUGCGACCCAUCUACUCCAAAAUCAUGCACGGAGUGGCCGGAACUGUGACGUACAUUCUCGGAUCGGUCACCAUCGGUUUGGGCAUCUACUCGCGCUGGUUCGAGGAGGACAACGGCGAACAGGUGCGGCUGGCACUGCUCAUUGGACUGAUUGCCGUUACGCUGUACGUGAUCAUCAACCCGAUCGCGGCCACCAUCAGCCGGACCAAGACGGCGCUGAGGACUACCUUAUAAAGUGUGACGAUAAUAAUUAAACUAA